AUGACCGCGUACCAAUAUCGCCCCCUCUCUGGUCCUACAUCGAUCCGCAUCAUCCUCCUCAAGCCCGCUCUUCUCGACAGCCAGCCGCUUGAGCUUGAGCUCUACGAAGCACCUCUGAGUGGUCCUGGCUCACUCGCGUACGAAGCGCUGUCAUACACCUGGGGUGAAAGACAUGGCAGCAUCCCGAUCCGCUGCGGGGGGUUACGCCAGACGAUCCUGGUGACGCCCAACUGCGAAGCCGCACUCCGACAUCUCCGGUACAAGCUCAGCGUCCGCCAGCUAUGGGUCGACGCCAUUUGCAUAGACCAGACCAGCGUGGCAGAAAAGAAUCAGCAGGUCCCCUUGAUGGGCAAGAUAUACAGCCAGGCGACGCGAACGGUCAUAUGGCUAGGGGUGGGAGGUCCGGGCGACGCUGGCACGUUGUCCCGUGCAAAGACGGUCGCCAACUUUGCGCAUUUCCGGACAAUGCCGGGGUACUGUGCGCUCAGUGACACCGAGAAAGCCUGGGCGCAGAAGCUGUUGCCGGUGAGUGAGAUUGAGCGCAUCGGACGCAUCUGCCAGAGCAACUGGUUUCAGAGGAUCUGGACCGUGCAAGAAUAUCUCCUCGCUGAGCAUGCCAUAUUCAUGGUUGGCCGAGCCGAGUGUCCAAUCUCGCAGCUGUACACGUACUUCAUCAUUGGCGAAGCUCUGCAGGAUUCCGACUCGCACGAGCGCCGGCUGUUCCGCAUGCGCAGCCUCAUGAUGGAAGAGAUGUACGAGGUGAGGGAUCACGACGACAACAGCGAUGUCGAACCGAGCGCACACGACCACCCGGGUGAGAGUAGACUCAUCCGGGAGACCAGAAACCGGGGGAGCAAGGAUAAGAAGAAGAAAGAGAGAUACGGAAAGCACUGGUUCUCUCACACCAUGCGCUUCAACGACAUGCCCCCAGGGGGAGGAUUGCACAACAUGUUGUCUCGCGCGCUGCAGAUGGCGUCUAUGAGCGAUGCCACCGACGCGCGGGACAAGGUGUAUGGUAUGCUGGCCUUCAUCGACAUGUUGUGCGAUGACAUGUACGUCCCGGAUGUCGACUACGCCAAGUCUCUCGUCGAGGUCUACGAGGAGUUUGCAGUCUGCAUGAUCCGCAGCGGCGGCACGUUGUGGCCGUUGGAGCACAUUUCUGGUUCUGCCAUGUCUCAGGAUGCCUGCGCUUGGCCUUCCUGGGUGCCUGAUUUGCGCGAAGCUAGGCUGAUUGCCAGUCCACGCACAUGGUGUAGCGGACUGUCGCGAACACCUGCAUUGGAUGAGGACGAAAGUUGGGCGCAGGCCCACGAGCAAAAUUGCCGAGGGAUCCUCAGGGUCAGCGGCCGACGGAUGACUAGAGUCUUGGAGACCUUUUGCCGAAUGCCAGAAAUCCCAAUUUCCAAGAGCGGGGAUGACGAUGUCGAGUACGACAAUGCGCGCCUCGAGUGCCUUUCAGAAUGGUCAGCGCAUGUCUUGAAGCUUGACAUUGAGACCCAACGGGACCAAUCGGUAUACAGAGAACACAGUGAGACUUACUUGGGCGUCUUGGAGCGUUUAACUCCAUUCCUGGCCUAUCUCAGAGACCGUCACGAACCAGGCAGGAGCACGCCCGACACAAAAGACAGCUCGAUAAAGGCACAACAACAGAGACAGCCCAGAGUCCGCGACCUACUACGGAAGAUGAUGGUUCCCAGUGAAACCGUAUACCGUGGAAAUCGUGGAAAAUUGGAUCAGAGGCGAUUUGACGACCUGUACGAUGGUUCGACCCUGUUUCUGACAGAAUGUGGGCUGCUGGGGCUCUGCCGCGGCAAUGUCCAAGCUGGAGAUGAAAUGUUCCAGCUUGCGGGUGGUGCCUACCCGUUCAUUCUUCGCAGAGACAAGCGCAGCCGUCCGAUGCAGUAUCGACUGAUAGGGGUUGCUUCAGUCGACCGCGGCGAGCGCGCAAGAAGAGAAGGAUUUUGGUACGAGGACAUAUCAGAGCCGGCACUCGAUGCCAUCGUAUUGGUCUGAUUUUAUGUCGGGAGGGGAUUUGGCCGCACUAGACGCGGCAGUGCAAUAUGACUCAGUCUUGCUGUUGCGUAUGAGUAUAACGGUUCGAGAUGAUGUGAGCAUCCAGCCUCUAGCUAGAGCAUAUACGACGACUUUGAAUACGACACGAAGGACGGGUCACGUGCAGAGCACUGCUAGCUUGCGAUCUAGUCAUAGUAUGUC